AUGAAAAGGACUAGAAAUGAUGCAGUUAAAGCAGCCGUUACUUCCUACUUAGAGCGAAGGAAUUAUCCAGACAUUGAUUUCUUUAAUCACAAUAAUUGUACUAGUCGCAGUGCUGAAGAAAUGGCAGUGGCUACAAUUGUACAAUGUGAAGCUAGCCGUGCCAAUUCUAUUAUGUUCUCUCUUAUUAAUAAUGACCCCGGAAAUUAUGACGCUCAGUACACAAAACUGGUUAAUUUUAUAAAGGAAAUCAAUAUUGAAAAGGUUAAAAAUGAAUUACUCGGUUUGCUUACACCAUUGUUAUGCCACUUAUAUUUGGAAAUGCUGCGCGGUGGACAUGGGGGUGCUGCUCAAAUGUUUCUUAAGAGACACUCUGCCACAUUACCACAAAAGGAGUUAUCAUACCACCAACCAAUAGACGGCAAUCUUCCAUCAGCACUCUACCGACCAAACAGCCUCGAGCAAUUGUUCAAUUCUCUACAAAAUGGUACAAUAGAUAAUGAGACUCCAGAGAAAGACUAUAUGAAUCAGCUCUUAGAUGACAUCGGAACUAUAUAUACCUUGCAAGAGGUUGAAUCUCGACCUUCAAUAGCUGCUUUCAGGUCCUGUAAAUAUGACAUAUAUCUAUCACAAGACUCUCUAAACCUUCUGAAGACUUUUUUGGCUAGACAUGGACAUGUUUUAAUCAUACAAGUUUUACAGACAUGGUUCCAUAUUGAUAUUAAUAAUGACAAUAAGAAAACUUCUGAAGACGAUGAUGACGAACACAAUGAAGAAGAAAAUCAUAUGAAUGCUGCAAAUUGUGAUGAAAAACUAAAUGAUAAAAAUGAUGUGUUUUCCAAAUGUAAUGGUCAUACAGAACAUCAAUCUGUAGACAAAGAAUUGAAAGAUCUGCAAGACGCUAUAAAAGGUGUUAGAGAAACAAUUGCGCCACUCAAACUUUACAAAAUUGCCACUCCUGAUAGCCAUCUGAUAUGCGGUAAAACAGACCAAUAUUGUAAUGUGUUAUGUGGAGGAUUUGAAAACUCAGAAAUAAGACUUUGGGAUCUUGGACAGAAUAAUGUUAAGAAAAAGAUUAACAGAAACAUAUCGGAAGUGGAAAUUGCUUGUUGUAUACCAGCCGAACCUGAAACUUCAUUAGACAAUACCUUCCAAAUAGGAACAGGUUUACCACUUAGGGGUCACUCUGGUCCAAUUCAAGCUGUAAGUAUUUUAGCUCAAGAGCAACUAGUGUUGUCGGCAUCUCAUGAUAAUACUAUGAGGGCAUGGAGAUUGUCAGAUUAUUCAUGUGCUUCUAUAUACCGAGGACACAAUUAUCCAAUAUGGUGUAUGGAUGUAUCUAAAAAUGGUUUAUUUAUUGUAACCGGAUCUCAUGAUAGAACUGCAAAAUUAUGGUCAUUGGAUCGCACAUUUCCUGUUAGGAUUUUUGUGGGGCAUUUAUCUGAUGUUACUUGCGUCAAAUUUCAUCCCAACGAGGCGUACCUGGCGUCGGGAGGUGCGGAUCGAACUGUUCGUAUGUGGAGUGUAUGUGAUGCGAGACUUGUUCGUGUAUUGUGUGGACAUCGAGCCCCACCACGAGCACUCGCUUUCUCACCAUCAGGGAAACAUUUGGCUAGUGCAGGUGAUGAUAAAAAAAUUAAAGUAUGGGAUCUAGCAGCUUGCAACUGUAUCCAUGAAUACAGAGGGCAUCAUAGUAAAGUAACAUCAUUAGAUUGGUCAGCAGUCGGAAAGGCAAGUUUAACUAACAGAAUAUCAUCAGAUCCUAAUGACACAAAUGUGGAUAAUUCAAUACUAUGCUCCGCUGGUAUGGAUGGCAUAGUAAAGGUUUUUUAUGACAGCUACUCAAAAAAUAAACAAAUGCCCAGUCAAGAUGUCACAAACUCCACAUAUAAUACAAAAUGUUCAUAUCUCGUAGAUGUUCAAGUACAUCCAGAUUGGAUGGUAGCUAUUGGAGCAAAAAGAUAA